CGUCGAGUCGAGCAAAAGUCAACCCAAAACAACGGAACGCAACGAGAUCCAACGCGACCCAUCCAGACCAACAACGACAACAGCAGCAGCAGCAGCAGCAGCAGCAGCAGCCACCAUGUCGGAAAUCACGCUGACCGGAGGCACCCUGGCCCCCUCCCCGUCGUCCCCCGCUUCGGGAGGUGCUGGCCAGCCGGCGGAUUCCACCGGCGCUGGGCACAACCACGAGCACAACCACGCACACGGAACGAAGGAGGCCUGCUGCGAUCACCACAAGGACGGGAUCGAGAUGGUCCCCCGCAGGCACCGGGCCCACGGCGGACUGCCGGUGGAGAUUUCCACGGCGACGGAGCAGGAACUCGGCCGCAUCCUCUUCACGCUGGUCCGCUUCAGCCGGUUCGAGGCCGUCCCCGGGGUCCUGCAGAAGAUGGAGGAACACGACCGGCCCGUCGCAAGCGUCCUGCAGCAGUUCGACGAGGGCGGGCACACCCUCUUCCACUGGGCCGCCAAGCGCCUCGACGACGUUCGCUUUCUGCAAACCCUGGUGGACCUUUCCACGAGGCUCGGCCUCGGGUCGGACAUCCUCAAGCGGCCAUCGAAGGACAACGUCGGGAUGCAGCCCAUCCACUGGGCCUGCACCGAGGGGAGCAUCCCCCACGCGGCGAUCCUUCUGAGCCACGGGGCGGACAUGGAAGCCAAGGACAACAGCGGGUGCACCCCGCUCCUGAUCGCGGCCCAGUACGGCCGGGUGGAGGUCGUCGCCUACCUCCUCCAGAAGGGAGCCAACCUCAAGGCGAUCGAUUCCAGCCGGGACACGGCCCUGCACUGGGCCGCCUAUAAGGGGAGCAACGAGGUCUGCGGCCUGCUCACCUACUACCAGCAGCUCAGCCUCGCGACGCAGGACGCCUACGGGCAGUCCCCCCUGCACCUGGCGGCGCUGCGCGGAAACACCUCGGUGGUCCGCUACAUUCUGCAGCAGCUGGACCACUCGUCCAGGGAAGAACGCGAGGUUCUCUUCCUGAAGGACAAGAACGGGAGGACCCCGCUCGACCUGGCCGUCCACAAGCAAAAAAGGAACGUCGAAAACGUCCUCAAGGAGGCCCUGGCCGCCGCGGAGGACCCGCGCGGGCAUUUCUUCCGCAAGACCCUCUUCAAUUCCCUCAAGGACGUCUUCUCGCUCAGGAGCUGGCAGUUCUGGUGCGGAAUGGUCCCGCAGAUGGACGAAAUGGACGCACCGUCGAGGGUUCCCUACUACAUCGUCCUGGUCAAUACUGUCCUGUUUUUUGUACUCAUGGUGGGGGUCAUGGCUCCAUUUGCAAAGGCCGGGGCCGGCUUGUUGUGGGACAAGAGUGGAUUGCUGAUGAUCAAUUUUGUCUUUGGGACUCUCACGGCGUACAUGCACCGAAAAACGGCGCGAACCUCUCCCGGAUACAUGGACGAAUCGCACCCGGACAUUGGAAAAUGGCGCAGGCUCUACGAGGAAACCCUCGAGUCCCUCGCCGAAAACGGAACGAACCAGCAGAAGCCAGCGUAUGUAAGUAGCAUCGAUCCGUGAGCGAACGACGGUUGGGUUCGACCGGGUCCACUUGGUGGUGACAGUGGCGAGGGAUCCAACCCCCGUGACAGCAUUCGCUGCCGUAUCUCACUUGCUUCUCUGCGUUUCUUGCCCGUGCCCUUGUCGCUGGACUCGACAGAAACUUUGUCACUCGUGCCAUAUUGCCCGGCCACAUCGUUCCAAGCAUUGCCGGGUGACCCGCAAAUGCGUCCUCUUGUUCGAUCACUUUUGUCCCUUUGUCGACAACACGGUCGGUCUCAACAAUUACCAUUAUUUCUACACGUUUGUGGCUUCGAUGGUAGUAGGCCUGGGAUCGUUCUUCGUCACCCUUGUUACGUAUGUUUCACGGUACCACAGUGAACACUCUUCCUAUCCCUGGUUGGUCAUGGCACUUGGAACCCAGCUCUGUUUGAUCGUUGUCCCCGUUGGCGGCCUGUUCGUGUACCACACACAGCUGAUCAUGAAGAACCUAACUACGAACGAGGCCAUGAAUACGAUGCGGUACGACUAUCUCUUUCCCGUGAUAUCCGGUCGGAGGGUGUACCAAAACCCCUGGGACAAGGGCUUUCUGGGAAAUUUUAUGGACCGGAUGAACCCCUCGCGGGCGUCCUACGAAAUCUCCGAUGAUUUCCAAUCGCUUAUCACCAAGGAUGCCCCCAUGCCGACAUCGAAAUGCUGCCACAACGGCAGGUGUGAAAAGAUGUAGUAUGCUCCAGGAAAAAUUGCGCCUUUCACGUGUGUCUUAAAAUCUUGGUUUGUGUAAAUUCUAUACACCCA